CAGGAAAGCUGCACCAGUCAACAGCGGUGUGAGACGCAGGCGUGCGGGCCUGGCCUAUAGGAGAGUCGGAAGGUCGCUGCCAGCUCAGCGCCGCCCUAAUGUGACAGGUCGUGAACACGCAGGCCAGCGCUGCAUCGUGAGAAAUUCGCGCGCGGAUUGGUGAGCGAAAGUGCAGGAAACGCGGGAGAAGCGGGAGGAAACAUUGUGAUGAGCAAGCGCCCAGAAGGAAGCGGGGCUCAUACUCAUUUCCAAAAGGUCGUGGAAUUGCAAGGGGAAGCGACGACCGGGGACGAUGCCCCAGGAUUAAAACCCGACUGCCCCUUCUCCUGCCCAACUGGAUGCUCUUUCCCUCUAAUUUUCCAACCAGAGCCCAACGACCCGCAAAACAUUUCGGCCCAACACGCAUCCCCUCGACCCGGACUUUCCUCCUCGAACUGUUGCUCUCUGCACCCCUCUUGGCCUUGUUGCCCUCUUAUACGCCAGUUCUCCGCCACCUGUCAUCUGUUCUUGCUCUCUGAUCCAGGCCACGCACCCCCCAAGACUUGCUUCAUCACGCCCCAAAAGGAUCUCUCUGUUGUACGGCAGCAUUCCUUGCAGCACGACUUCAGUUUCAGUCCCACAGGAUUUCAUCUGCCACAAGGAUUCGGACACGCGGGAGCCCCCGUUGUUGUCUACCACUCGGAAUCGAGCAAUCAGCUUGCUCUUGAAUGCCUCCAGGAAUGUCUUCCAUGGUUAUGCCCCGGACUGAGACCAUGCCUGGCUACAACCACAUUGAACUGGACGAGGUUCACACCCCCUCGAGGUAUUUUUGCUUUCAUUCUGUUGUCCUGGGAGGUCCAUUGUGCUUUUGGCGUUCUGCUUUUCAUGUUGCGAAUCAAAUCAUGUCUUUUCCUAUCUGUCGACCCGGAAGCCCCUCAGUGAGGUGAGCUUGAAUGGUCACAACUGGCGACAAAAU